CAUCGGCAGGCGGGUUCUUGACCAGUACACCACCAGGGAAGCCCGUGACCCACCACACUCUUGACCGAACAAGAUCGCCUCGGUUUUGGCUUGGCUGUCCCUGUGAGUGACACUUACUCAUAGGCUCUUCUCUGGCAAGUCAGCUGUGUAAAGCUGGCAACCAGCUGGCCAUUUGUCACUUGCUUGAGUGUGACCGUGGACCCAGCUGGCUAAUGACUUUGAAGCACUUAGACUGUGUUGUUAGACUAUUUUCCAGGGUCUUGGGUUUGCUUCCAUUUACCUCAGUGACAUAUUAGUGGAAAAAACGUGCUUGUGGAUUGGAAAAUACUAGUCUGUAUAGCCCCUGUUGGUUCCCAAAGUUAUUCCAUAUAUGUAUAGCGUUUGAGCCCACACCAACUUCAGGAAGCAGGGGUGGUCAGUUAGGGCCACUGUGCCAGGCCAUGGGAGGCACUGCUUGUCCCUGGGUCAGAGUGAGGGCUCACUGAGAGGUCCGGGCCCCUGUGCCAUGCUGGCCUUGGCUGGGAUGAGGAUGUGCCAUCCAUCAGCCCCAACACACAGCUGCUUCCCUGAAGGAAGCCAUAAUUCCCCCAUCAUCCCUUCAUCCUGCAAGGGUGGUUCCUAUUUCUACCUUUGACAGAAUCAAUUCCUUGAGGAGGAAUCUGCUGACAGGUCCUGCUUGGAGAAAACUGGAUUUGACCUGCAGGAUUUCAAAUGUCAUGACCAGAGGGUUGAUGGGGCUGCUGUUAAAGGAAUCCACGACAGACGUCUGCGUGGACUCUGUUUCACUGAGACCUUCGAUCCGAUUUCAAGGAAGUCAGGGGCACAUCUCCAUCCCCCAGCCUGACUGCCCCACGGAGCCGCGGACGUUCUCCUUCUACCUCUCCAACAUCGGCCGUGACAGCCCCCAGGGCAGCUUUGACUGCAUCCAGCAGUACGUCUCCAGCCAUGGGGAUGUCCACCUGGACUGCCUGGGCAGCAUCCAGGACAAAAUCACGGUGUGUGCCACCGAUGACUCCUACCAGAAAGCGCGGCAGAGCCUGGCACAGGCUGAGGAGGAGACGCGGAGUCGAGGCGCCAUCGUCAUCAAGCCCGGAGGCCGUUACCUGGGCAAAAAGGUUCAGUUUCGGAAACCGGCCCCGGGGGCAGUGGAUGCUGUGCCCUCCCGGAAGCGGGCGACCCCCAUCAACCUGGCAAGCGCCAUCAAGAAGACCAGCGCUGGCAGCGUUAGCGGGGGCAGCGGGGUGUCUCAGAGGCCCUUCCGUGAUCGGGUGCUGCACCUCCUGGCGCUGAGGCCCUACCGGAAGGCCGAGCUGCUGCUGAGGCUGCAGAAGGACGGCCUGGCCCAGGCGGACAAGGACGCACUGGACGGCCUCCUCCAGCAGGUAGCCAACGUGAAUGCCAAGGAUGGCACGUGCACGCUGAAGGACUGUGUGUACAAGGAUGUGCAGAAGGACUGGCCCGGCUACUCGGAGGGGGACCAGAAGUUGCUGAAGCGGAUGCUCAUCCGGAAGUUGUGCCAGCCACAGAGCUCAGGCGGCCUCCCUGGGGACCUUGCGGCCAACAGUCCUCCAGGCGAGCAUGGGAGCUCAGCCUCACCCCCUCAGAAACGGCCACAGCCUCCUGAUUUCAUCGACCCUCUGGCCAACAAGAAACCCAGGAUAUCGCACUUCACCCAGAGAGGUCAGCCUGCAGUCAACGGGAAAUUGAGUGUGCCCCACGGCCGUGAGGCGCUGCUUCCCACCCCGGGCCCGCUGGCUGGUACAGACGCCCACCUGCCCCUGCGGCUGGAGCCACCACGGGCCCACGACCCCCUGGCCGACGUCAGCAACGACCUGGGCCACAGCGGCCGGGAUUGCGAGCGUGGGGAAGUGGCCGCCCCGGCACCUACUGAGUGCCUCAGCCUGCCCCUGCUGACGGACUGUGCCCAGCCCAGCAGGCCCCAUGGCACCUCCUUGCACGGCAAGUCCAAGAAGAAAUCCAAGAAACACAAAGACAAGGAGAGGGCGGCUGAGGACAGGCACCGGCCCCGGCCGCCAGACCAGAUGUCGGGCCCCCUUGGAGCCCCACCAGUCGCCCCGGGUUUAAAUGGGACCUGCAGCAGCUCAAGUGUUCCCACGUCGACCUCGGAGACUCCCGACUACUUGCUAAAAUACGCCACUAUCUCCUCCUCGGAGCAGCGCCAGAGCUACAAAAACGACUUCAAUGCUGAGUAUAGCGAGUACCGAGACCUGCACGCCCGCAUCGAGCAGAUCACGCGGCGCUUCACGCAGCUCGAUGCCCAGCUCCGGCAGCUCUCCCAGGGCUCCGAGGAGUACGAGACUACUCGUGGGCAGAUUUUACAGGAAUAUCGAAAAAUCAAGAAGACCAACACCAACUACAGCCAGGAGAAGCACCGCUGCGAGUACCUGCACAGCAAGCUGGCCCACAUCAAGAGGCUCAUCGCUGAGUACGACCAGCGGCAGCUGCAGGCCUGGCCUUAGCUCAAGGCCACAGGGCAGGAGGCCCCAUCCAGCCAGCCAGGCCAGCUCACCUCACCGGGCUGACCGUUGUUCUGGAUGGUGGGGGAGCUGGGGGCGAGGGGGACUGAAGAUGAGGAAACAAGAGAUUUAUUUGAAAAAAUAAACGUGAGGAAGACGCAUUCAUCUGAGCCAGGAACGCCGGCUUUCAGGGGAGUCCCUGCAGCCCUGGCGCCCACAGGUCACACAGACCCAGGUGGGGUGUCCACCUCCCCCAGGGCCCCACACACCUCCUGAGCAGCCUCCCCACCCAGAUGGGCUCCCCAAGAAGCCCACCUCCUCGCCAGCACCCCCCCCCCCCGCCCCCCAGGGGCUUCAGCUUCCUGUCAGUGAAAGACUCCAAGGCCGGCCUGCCUGCCUGCCUUUUCUAGUUUUAUACAAAGACAGCCACUUUUAGCUACUGCUUAUGAGACUUGAGUCUAUUUUUAUACGAAAGAGAAAGCAUCUUUUUUCUAAACCUGUGCCUCCCCUCCUUGGACGCCCAGGGUCUACGCGCUGCCCUGUGUCCUUUCUACAGUAUUACAGAUGCUCGGGAAGUUCGGCGUUGUUUCUGCGAGCUCCAGGGGCUCCCAGGAGAGAACCCAUGGUGGGCGGGCAGGGGUGCCUCUCCCACGCUGGUCUCCCUCACACACAGCCUCUCCCUGGCUCUAAGAGGGCGGGCAGGGCAAUGCGACCCCCGCAGCUCUAUUUGGAAAACUCCAGCUGGUCCAGGAGCAGCUGCUGGGAGCCACCAGGCCCGCCCUGCUAUUCCAGGCCCUCAGCUGUCAGGGGUCACUGGGAGUUUCUGUGCUUGUAGCCCGCGCUCUGCGGCAGCAGUGUCGGAUUUUAUUUUACUGUCUUCUCAAUUCUCCCCUUUGCUGCUGCUCUUCAUUUCGCACUGUUGAGACCAAGUGGUCUCCAUGCUGUUGACCUCGCCCCGCCCCUCAGCCCACUUGUGGGUCCUGGGGUCGUCUUUGCAGAGCCGCCACGGGGUUUGCACUCAGGGAGGGGCUGGGGCGUCGAUAGAGCCGGGGGCGGGG